AUGAUAUUUGGAGACUUGAACACCGGUAUUCCUCGUUUUGGUUUAUUGGUGAUAUCUGAUAGCUUUCCUUUUCUCAUCGUCGUGCUCUUUUUCCUCGCUGUCUUCAAUCUCUGCAAACUCCUCGUCAACAUCUUCUCUGCCGAUGAUGCGGCCGCAGCUUCGCUCGAGGUGAUUGAAGGAGAUAUGCCAGCUAGAUGCUUGUCGAAACCGGUUUCGUUUUUCUUCCAAAUAGAUUAA